GUCAGCUAACUUAACAGCUUCAUUAUAUUUUGUACAAACACUCCUCGUUCCGUGUAGACUUGUUACUAUUGCAUGUCUAUAUCACGAUGGAAAUUACAGUUAGUGUAGCUUUCUUUGUUCUGUAUUUAUGUUCAGUAAACGCGCAUGUUACUAAGAGCAAUGGAUAUGGAUACCAUUUACCAAGAGGAGGAAACAACAUCAUCAUCAUCAACAACAACAUCAACAGAUACGGUUACGGAGGUGUUACAUCAAUGGCACAGAUGUACUGCUCCUACUGCCAAGCCAGGGGCUGGACCACGUGCAUGCAGCGUUUCUGUUUCGCUGGCUUCGGCCCACCCCCAACUGAUGUCUCUGGUUAUGGAGGUUACGGAGGUGUGACAUCAAUGGCUCAGAUGUACUGCUCCUACUGCCAAGCCAGGGGCUGGAGCACGUGCGUGCAGCGUUUCUGUUUCGCUGGCUACGGUCCACCCCCAACUGAUGUCGCUGGUUAUGGAGGUGACUUCUUAUCCAAACAUAUAACGAUUGGAAUCUGCAACUAUUGCCGAAACUUUGGUAUCUGGGACUGCGUAAACCUCUUCUGCUAUGGCAUCCCCGUGUAUAGCCGGCAUUAUGCCGCCAGCAAACACAGUGGACGCCAUUCACAAUCAUACUAUGGACAUCUGGCUGGUUGACCACUUUAACAUGUGUAUUCUUCUCCAACAUGUAAUGACCGAUACCAUUUUACCAUAGAACAAGAAACCCCCAAAACGGCAAAGAUAAAAUACUGUUUAACAUUGUAAACGUAAUGUGUUUUUCAAAUAAAGAAGCUUUUG